UUCAAACAGACAUCCCAUUGAGUCAAUCGCCUUCCAAUACAAGCUCUCACGAGUGUGCAUUCGCCAAAAGCCAUAUACCCUUUCUAUCCAAGUCUUCUGUUUCCACGCGAUCAAAAUGGCCGAGUUCGAAACUAUUGGCAAGCAAUUCGUUGAGUUCUACUACAAGACCUUCGAUGAGAACCGCGCGAACCUCGCUGCUCUCUACCGCGACAACUCGAUGCUCACAUUCGAGCAACAGCCAGUGAUGGGUACAGCUGGUAUCGUUGAGAAACUCCAGAACUUGCCCUUCCAGCAGGUAGUGCACCGUACCGAUACCAUCGACGCUCAACCCGCGGACGACGCAGGCGCUGGCAUCUUGCUUUUGGUUACUGGAGCAUUGCAGGUGGAUGGUCAGGACAAGCCCAUGAGCUUCACCCAAACUUUCCAGCUCAAGAAGGAUGGCAACGGCCAAUGGUUCGUCUUCAACGACCUUUUCCGACUCGUCUAUCCCGCUGCAUGAGCGUCUGCUCCCUGAAUCUAGUACUUCAUUUUCCUACACAUAGCGCGAAUGCAAUAAUGUGAGGAAGCGUGCAGAAUGCCGU